AGGAGAGCGUCGCGCGCGCCUACAUCCGACGCCAAGCUCGACCACGGCCGGCUGCGCGUGUGGCACGACGUCCAGCAGAAGGUGCGAGCCUACGCGCAGGCCACCGACCUGUCCACCAUGAAGUUUGACGACUUCAUACGCAUCGUCGACCACGUGCGCAGGCUUCACGUCCUUUACAUGUCUGUUGAUGCAGAUCGCGUGAGCGAGUUCUCUGCAGCGAGUCUGAGUUCCUGCAGGAUCCAUCGCAAGCAGAGCGUCAACUACUGCCGCCACCUAUCACAAGGGUCGCAUAGGAAGGAGCUGCGAAUUGUUCUGGAGAACGAAGGGAUGGAGCCGUGCCCGUCAAGGCAGCUUCUCAUAUACAUCUGCCAGGAGUUCAAUUCCGCCGCGCAUCACCUCUCCUGCAGCCAGCCAGCAGCCAAGCAGCAGGGCAGUGUCGCCCAGCGGCCAGUCGCAGCGCGACGCAGGAAGCGGCGCGAGCACAUCAUGGAGCAAGAUCUGUUUGAGAACUCCUACAGUCUGGACCAUGAUGACAGUACCUCGGAUGAUGACGUCCCUGAGGAGUUGAAGCAGGACUACAUAGAGGAAGGGGUGACAGGGGAAAGCCACGCCUACAGGCCCCUGCCGAUGCGGUGUAUGCCAAGACGACCAAGCUGGAAAGCGACGAAAGCGCCACCUAUUUGUCACAAACACAACUCUGACGGUGCUUCGCUUGUUUGGGUAAUUGUUUCUUAUCGACCUCAUAAUUUUUGCAAAUACAUACAGAUGAUGGACUGUCUGCGUACGAUCGCGUUCGACGUGACAAUCUGCAUGUCGCAGCUCUUCGAUUUCUACCUGUACGCCGUCUACAGCUUCUUUGCCUCGGAAAUGAUGGAGGUCAACGAGCGGACGAUGAGCAGUAAGCUUCGCACGACGCUGCGUCGCAUCACGGACAACCUCAUCGCUCGCGACGCGACGGCGGCGGCGGCGGCGGCGGGGGACCCGGCAGGGGAUCGGCGCGACCGCGUGCCACACCCGCACGUCUCGCCGAUCGUGGAUCUCAGCGACCCAACGCGACUUCAUGGCCUCGCCGAGAGAGUCGCAGCCGCCGAGUCGCUAGUGUAUCUGGCAACCCAGUUCGAGUUUUUGCAGCCAUGUCUGGAGGCGGUGAUUCCGCCACAAAAGAAGGCAUUUCUGCAGCAAUUCUACUCGCAGACUGUGAGCACAGCCACGGAGCUGAGAAAACCCGUCUACCAAAUAGUCGCCGUUCACGCCGUGGAUUAUGAGCAGGUUCAUCAACAGAUUGCAGCACUGAAGUGGGAAAUCAAGGAGAUCAUGUCUCAGCACAACACAUACGUCGAUGUUGUCCUAAGGGAGUUCCAGGUGUUCAGUAUGAGGCUAGCGGAGGUGUCGAAGCGCGUGCCCAUACCGAAGGAAGCCUACAAUGUGCUGUGGGAACACUGCAUACGCCUCGCCAGUCGCACGUUUGUCGAGGGGUGAGUGAUGCU